UUGGCCUUCAAAUAUUGAAAGAGAGACGGACUUAUGGAGACGCCGACAUCUUUAGAUCUCACAAGCAGUGCAAGCUACGAAAGCUUCGUUAGUAGAAAGGAUGGGAAAUACAAGGAAAGCGUUGACUUUGCUUUACCCUUGAAGAGUGACAUAGAUUACAUCAGAAGUUCCCUUUUGAAUAUCAUAGGUUCUCGUUGUGGGCACGAAACGUAUGAGGCUAUAGAGAAGAUUCGAGAGCUUUCUUACAUAUAUGAUACUCAACAGCAAGAUACCAACUUUGUAGACUUAUGCCGGUAUAUUGAGUCCUUACCAGAAAACAAAAUGUUGAUGGCAACUUCUUUUUUUUCAAAUAUGUGUAACAUUGUCAACUAUGCUGAUUACGUUCACCGACUUCGAAGAAGGAGAGCGUUUGAAAGGGGGGACUCUGAAAUGUUUCAAAGAUAUUCUUGCGAUGAAAUCUUUCAAGAGUUACUAAAUCACGGUUUUACACCAGAAGAAAUUCACAGCUAUAUUUGUCAGAUCCAAUGUGAAAUGGUACUCACUGCGCACCCGACGCAAGCUGUAAGGCGAAGUUUAUUAUCAAAGUUAUCAAAGCUAGCAACUUGUUUGCUCGAACGAGAUCGAACCGACUUGACUCCGGCAGAACGAGAAAGGUUGGAGCAAAUUUUGGAGUGUGCCUUAUCUGCAUUAUGGCGUACUGAUGAAGUAAGAAGAACGAAGCCGAAGCCUGAAGAUGAAGCCAGAAGCGCUUUACAAGUAGUUGAAGAUACUAUUUGGCAAGCAGUUCCAAGAUAUAUUCGCUCUAUUGAUCGCUCUUUAGCGAAAAUUGGAGCUCCCCCGUUGCCUUUGGACACCGUUCCAUUUUUGUUUGGUUCUUGGGCCGGAGGUGAUAGAGAUGGAAAUCCAUUCGUUACAGCUGAUGUAACCAGAAGAGUCUGUCUGUUGAAUCGAUUAAGAGCUCUCAAUCUGUACCUGCAAGAAGUAGAAGAUCUCCUGUUUGAUUUGUCGUUGCAUUAUGCGUCAGAUGAGCUGCAUGAAUACAACAAAAGGCUACCCCUAACAAACUCCGAAUACUUGGAAAAGGAAAGACUGAAAUAUAAAGAAUUUUGGAAUCAUGUUCCUCCAGCGGAACCAUAUCGAUUGUUAUUGGCAUAUAUUCGAGAUCGUUUGACGGCAACAAAAGUGUAUACGGAAAACAUAUUAAGUGACAGACCGACAGCAGAGCCUGACCCACAAGCACCUAUAUACACUCAUAUAGAUGAAUUACUCGAACCUCUAUACGUCAUGUAUCGUUCAUUGCACGACACAGGAGACGGCGUCAUAGCAGAAGACCAUUUGAAGGACUUUAUUCGACAGGCCAAAUGUUUUGGUUUGGAAUUGGUUCGAUUGGACAUUCGACAAGAAGCAGAUAGACAUACGAAAGCUAUGGCGGCAAUAACAGGAUACAUCGGAAUGGGAGACUAUUCUCAAUGGGAUGAAGAGACGAGGUUGUCGUUUUUGAAUGAAGUUCUUUCCAGUCGUCGACCUCUGAUUCCUCGUCGUUUUCCCUGCGAUGAGAAUGUGCAAGAAGUAUUGGACACAUUUCAAGUUUGCGCUGACUUGGGUGCUUCCAGUCUUGGUGCUUAUAUCAUUUCGAUGUGUAUGGCAUCUUCUGAUGUUUUACUUGUGGAAGUGUUCCAACGGGAGUUCUGCAUGAGUCGCCCGACACAACGGGUUGUUCCUUUACUGGAGACCAUCCAUGCUUUGCAAAAUGCGACAAAGAUGAUGGAAACUUUGUUCUCGAAUACUUGGUAUCGACAACACCUUGAGGAGUCCUUUGGGAAUAUUCAGGAAAUUAUGGUUGGAUAUAGUGACUCUGGAAAGGAUGGCGGUAGGCUAACCAGCGCCUGGGAACUUUACAAGGCUCAAGAAAGUCUCACCAGAGUUGCCGAAAAAUAUGGAGUGACUCUGAGAUUCUUUCAUGGUCGUGGUGGAACGGUUGGUCGUGGUGGAGGACCACAGCAUCUUGCUAUACUUUCGCAACCACCUGGGACAAUCAAUAAAUAUUUCAGAGUAACAAUUCAAGGAGAGGUUAUUCAGCAAGAUUUUGAUUUACCUGGUUUAGCUGAUCGGACGUUAGAAUGUUAUUUGACUGCUAUUCUUAAAGCUGAAAUGAUGCCAUAUUCACAAGUCAAGUCAGAAUGGAGAGAACUUAUGGAUGCCAUGAGUCAGAUAUCCUACAAAACAUAUCGCAGUGUUGUAUAUGAAAAGCCAGACUUUGUAAAAUACUUUCGUUAUGCCACUCCAGAACAAGAAAUUGGACGUUUGAAUAUCGGUUCACGUCCUCAAAAGCGUAAGGAUGGUGGAGUGGAAACUUUACGUGCCAUUCCAUGGAUAUUUGCGUGGAACCAGACCAGACUCCAUUUGCCUGUUUGGUUGGGAACUGGUGCGGCGAUUGAUUAUGCGAAGAAAACGAAUAAAUUAGAAACUCUUCAGUCGAUGUACAAGGAAUGGCCUUUUGUUCACUCCUAUUUUGACUUGAUGACUAUGGUUCUUGCCAAAGCAGAUAGUCGAAUAUCAGCAAAGUAUGAUACGGAGCUAGUUCCUAAAGAGUUACAGUCGUUUGGAAGUUCGUUGAGAAAACUUUUAGCUGAAACCAUCGAUAUGGUAUUGUAUGUGACUGGUGAGAAGCGUUUGUUAGACAAUGACAUUGUUAUGCAACGAGCAAUGGAUAGUCGUCGUCAGUGGUUGACUCCUAUGCAUAUCGUGCAAGUAGAAAUCCUCAAGAGACUUCGUGCUGGUACGGAAACUCAGACAAUUGUGGAUACUUUGGUUAUCUCAAUGAAAGCCAUUGCGGCGGGGAUGCAAAACACUGGUUAAGAUUGCAUCUGUUACGCAAUCA